AUGGAACACAUUCGCAAGACAAAUAAGAAAUUAGGGGUUGGAGCGAGAGGCGUUGUGUAUGAGGGCUACGAUGAGGAGCGCGGCCGCUUCGUUGCGGUGAAGGAGAUCCCCUUCUUCGACGGUGGCGGUGGCGGCGGCGGUGCAGGCACAGGCAACAGCCCCGCAGAAGGCGGAGAGGAAGAAGAGGACCCCGCAUUUGUUGAAGAGCGUCGUGCCAUUGUGCGGGAGAUUAGUCUAAUGGAGCGCUUUGAGCAUCCGAACCUCGUGGCGUACUACGGAGCCCGCAGAAGUGCGGUGGGAGUGCAGAUCAUCAUGGAGCUCGUUAACGGCGGCUCCCUCGACGCGCUCAUUCGCCGCCACGGCUGCCUCCGCGAGAGCGUCGUCCGCUCGUAUACGCACGAUGUUUUGGAGGGGCUAGCGUACCUGCAUGAGACGGCGCGAGUGUGUCACCGCGAUGUAAAGCCGGCCAAUGUCCUCAUCACCGCGGAUGGGCGGUGUAAGUUGACUGACUUUGGGGUAAGUAAGCUGCUCGAUGACAACGGCACCAUGCGAACAACAGUGGGGACGCCGUGGUACAUGGCACCAGAGGUGGUGAACGGCAGUAUAGAUGAUGAUGUCGAGGACAACGAGGAGGUCGGCUGUAGCGGUGGUGGUGGUGGUAGUGGUGGCGUCAGCAGCAACGGGGACGGUCGCCUCAGCAGGGGUGGCGGCGGCGGCGGCGGCAGUAGCAACAGGGGCAGCUACACUACCGCAGCGGAUAUAUGGAGCCUGGGCGUUACCGUGUUCGAGAUGAUAUCGGGGAAGAAGCCGUUCGGGGGAGAAAUGAAGAAUCCUACCGCCGUGCUAUUCGCAAUUGCGUCAGCGAACGCCACGCCUCCACGACUGCCUGAUAGUUGCGAAGCGACGCCGUCUCUGCGCGCAUUUCUAGACCUCUGUUUCGUCCGUGACGCGCGGCUGCGACCGCGGGCACGUGAGCUGCUGUCACACCAAUGGUUCUUCGAUGUGCCUACGCCAACCUCGCGUGCAGCAUCCAAAGCAGCGCCGCGCAGGAGCGGUGGCACUAACGGCGUAUGUGACGGGUUACCACUGGGACCGAUGCAGCGGCUGUUGCGGCCGUCGCUCAGCAUGCUUGACACGGCAGACCUAAUCAGCAACGACGUGCAUUCACCUAUGAAGGAGCUGACCCCUAUGUCGCAGGAGCGGCUGUCGUUGCGGCGGCUGUCCAGCGAGAGCGGGGGGGCGUCGUUGCCGCGGGAGGCGGGUGGUGGCCGCGAAAUGCAGGGCGGGUUCUGGUCUUCCGACGGGCAUUACGUGGACUUAGUCGUCGCACCUCCGCUCGCUUCGCCGACUGCGAAGAGAAGAGCGCGAUAA